AUGGAGCCGCCCGACGCAUCAUCCGCGAAUGCGAGGAACGCGGCCGUGGCCGCCGCGCUGCGCGGCGGCCUGCCGCCGGCGCCGCCCGCGGCGCCGGCCGCGGAACCUAGCGAUGAACCGCAAAGCGGGCCCACGGACGUCGAGCGCAUCGCGGCGCAAUUAGGCUAUGAUCUCUGCUCCGACGAGGACGACAGCGAUGACGAGGGCUGCCCGCGGGCGCCCGCCGACGCGCAGUUGGAAGCGUGGGCGCGCGAGGAGGCCCAGCUCGACGGGCCCGCGACGACGGCGAGCGAAAUCCUCGAGGCCCCGCCGCCGCCGUUGCUGGCGGAGCUGGCCGUCUCUCCAACAACGCCGCUGACGCGCGUCGGCCACGUCGAGGGCUUCGCGGAGGAGGGCCGCGCCGUUUUAAUCAGAGGUCUGUCGGAGCAGCGGGCCGUCGUCGAGGGCACGGCGCUGUUUUUAGAAGAUCGGCGGCCGCUGGGCUGCGUCUCGGAAUUGUUCGGGCCCGUGGCCGAGCCCUUUUACCUGCUGCGUUUGCGGGAGGGCGACGCGCCGCGCGUCCAGGCCUACGCGUCCAUGGGCGCCGUCGCCUUCGCUCCGUCGGACCGCAUUCAACUCGUCGCGCCGGAGGCGCUCGACACGCGCGGCCGCGACGGCGGCGGCGAGUCCGACGCGGACCAGGAGUUCUCGGACGACGAGGCGCAGGCGGCGGCGCUGGCUAAGGUGGUGAUCUAG